AUGAAAUUUGAAAACAAAUCAACCGACCAAUCAAAUUUAAAUGCAGGCUUUUUAAGCGCCACCCUCCGCUACUGUUCAGAGUCCAUCAUAAACUUCACCAUCAUGUUUGCUCUAGUCUUCUUUGCAUUCAUCCACUUCUUCUACCUCGUCUACCUGCCCAGUUUGGAGGUCUUUUCUGACCUCAUAAUGACCGCUGAGCAGUGCCUCAUGAUGAUGGUAGGUAAGUUCAACUUCUCGGACAUGGCUAAAGCCUCACCCGUCCUAGGUACCCUCAUGUUCUUCCUCUACAUGAUCAUCGUCUUCUUCAUCCUCCUGACAAUGUUUGUCGGAAUAAUUCUGGACGGAUUUGCAGCCGUUCGGGAUGACAUCAACAAGCAAUCGAAUGAACACGAGAUGGUCGAUUUUAUAGUCGGUCGGUUGAGGCAAUGGACCGGUGCUAAUAAGUACUUCGGUAUUCGCAAGAAGGUUGGGUUGUCUCAGUUGUUUGUUUGA